AUGGCUUCUGUCUCGCGCAUCGGCUCCUCUGCCCUGCGAGCUUCGCUCCGGGCUCCCUCUUUCAACAGCCGGGUCGCGGCCUUCAAUGCCGCCCGGUGCUACUCGGCCAAGACUCAGACUCUAAAGGAGCGUUUCGCCGAGCUCCUCCCCGAGAAGAUCGAGGAGAUCAAGGCCCUUCGGAAGGAGCAUGGCUCCAAGGUCGUCGACAAGGUCACCCUUGACCAGGUCUACGGCGGUGCCCGUGGCAUCAAGUGCCUUGUCUGGGAGGGAUCCGUUCUUGACGCCGAGGAGGGCAUCCGCUUCCGUGGCAAGACCAUCCCCGAGUGCCAGGAGGUUCUCCCCAAGGCCCCCGGCGGCAAGGAGCCUCUUCCUGAGGGUCUCUUCUGGCUUCUCCUGACUGGCGAGGUUCCCUCCGAGCAGCAGGUCCGCGACCUCUCCGCCGAGUGGGCUGCUCGCUCCGACCUCCCCAAGUUCGUUGAGGAGCUCAUCGAUCACUGCCCGACCGACCUCCACCCCAUGGCCCAGUUCUCGCUCGCCGUCACCGCGCUGGAGCACUCCUCUUCGUUCGCCAAGGCCUAUGCUAAGGGUAUCAACAAGAAGGAGUACUGGGGCUACACCUUUGAGGACUCCAUGGACCUCAUUGCCAAGCUCCCCAACAUCGCCGCCCGCAUCUACCAGAAUGUCUUCAAGGGUGGCAAGGUCGCCCCCAUCCAGAAGGACAAGGACUACUCGUUCAACUUCGCCAACCAGCUCGGCUUCGGCGACAACGCCGACUUCGUCGAACUGCUCCGCCUCUACCUGACCAUCCACACCGACCACGAGGGCGGUAACGUCAGCGCUCACACCACCCACCUGGUCGGCAGCGCCCUCAGCUCGCCCUACCUCUCGCUCGCCGCCGGCCUCAACGGUCUGGCCGGUCCCUUGCACGGCCUGGCCAACCAGGAGGUGCUGAACUGGCUCACCGAGAUGAAGAAGGUCGUUGGUGACGACCUCAGCGACAAGGCCAUCACUGACUACCUGUGGUCCACCCUGAACGCUGGCCGUGUCGUGCCCGGUUAUGGCCACGCCGUCCUGCGCAAGACUGACCCUCGUUAUACUGCUCAGCGCGUCUUCGCUCAGGAGAAAAUGCCCGAGGACCCCAUGUUCAAGCUCGUCAGCCAGGUGUACAAGAUCGCCCCCAAGGUGCUGACGGAGCACGGCAAGACCAAGAACCCUUACCCCAACGUCGACGCCCACUCCGGCGUCCUCCUGCAGUACUACGGCCUGACCGAGGCCAGCUACUACACCGUUCUCUUCGGCGUGUCUCGCGCCAUUGGUGUGCUUCCCCAGCUGAUCAUCGAUCGCGCUGUCGGCGCGCCCAUCGAGCGCCCCAAGAGCUUCUCGACCGCCAAGUGGGUUGAGAUUGCCAAGAAGCUGUAA